AUGCACUCGCCCCAUCUCACGUUCGCCUGCCCUUCCAUUGCAUUUUCUUUUUACCAGAACACCUCGCUGCUGAGCACUGUGGAUGCCAUCGCGGAGCGUCGGUCCCGCGUGCUCGAGCGCUGGAAUGAUCUCAAAGUGGUGGCCGCUCAGCAGCGUGCCAAACUUGAGUACGAGAAGCGCUUGCAGCAAUUUACUCGCGAUGCUGACGAGCUUGAGCUUUGGAUUGAAGAAAAGCUCAAUGCCACACAAGACAACGUCUUUGAUGACCACGCCAACAUCGAGUCACGCAUCAAGAAGCAUGAGGCUUUUUGUGCCGAGGUCAAGGCUAACGAGAACUCCUUGGCUGUUCUCAAAUCACAAGGCGACGAGUUUGUGCGCAAGCCGGAUCAUCACGGCAAGCAGACUGUUGAAGCACGCCUGGACUCGCUGCAAGAGCUCUGGCAACUGCUUUUGGACAAGGCCGACUUGAAGAAGCGCAGCCUUCAGGAACUUGCGCAAUGGUUGCAGUUUCAAGCUGAGGCGGAUGAUCUCAUGGCUUGGAUUGAUAGCAAGAAAUCAGCGGCAGAGGACACCAACUAUGGCCGUGAUCUAGAUCAGUGUGAUGCCUUGAUGAAGCGCAGCGAAGCCUUCACCAAUGAUUUGGCAGCUAGUGACAAUCGCCUGGAUUCAUUCUCGGAAAAUGGCUUUGCGCUUCUCGAACAAGGCCAUCGCUGCGCCGACGAAAUCAAGCAGCGCAUUGAGGAUGUCAGCCAGGCCUGGACAACGCUCAAGGAAAAUGCUGCCACCCGACAUCAAAAGCUGGCCGAUGCGCGGCAAAUUCACUCCUUCAAUCGUGAUGCGCAAGAAUUACUUCUGCGCAUCACAGAUAAGGAGCGUGAUGGCCUUUUGAGUUCAGACAUCAGUAAUACCGACCUUUCGGGCGUGGAGGCACUGCAACGAAAGCAUGAGGUGUUUAUGCGUGAUCUGGCUGCCCUGCACGAGUCGGUCGAGGCAUUUGUGGCUGAUGGCCAACGUCUUGCGAGCUCAUUCGCAAGUCAAGGCGCAGACGUGCGCGCUCGCAUCGAGGAGGUUCAAACGCGCUGGGAUGCGCUGGACCGAAAAGCCCAGGACCGCGGAAAAGCAUUGCGCGAUGCGUGGGACCUUCAGCGCUUCCACAGCGAGCUGCGUCUGGCUUCCUCUCGCCUCUCCGAUCUUGAGAACAUUAUUCGAGCCGAUGAGGUUGCUCACGAUGUUCAGGGCGCAGAGACGCUUUUGCAGCGCCAUCAAGAGAGCCAGCAUGAGUUGCGCGCUCGCGAAGAAACGUUGAAGAACGUGGUUGAUUUAGGCAAUUCGCUCGUGCUCAACGGCCACCCAGAUGCCUCUCGCGUCAAGGAGGGUCUACAGCAACUUGAAGCCAACCGCGAAAGUGUUGCCCAGCUCUGGCAGGCCCGCUUUGAGGAGUUUUCCGAGUCUCUCAGCCUGCAGGUGUACCUGCGUGACGUUGAGCAAGUCAAUGCCUGGAUCGAGUCGCGCCAGCGCAUGCUUCAGACAGACGAUACUGGCGAUUCGCUCGACGCCGUCGACCAACUUCUCAAGAAGCAAGACGACUUUGAGCGCAGUCUCAAGGCACAAGCUGACAAGAUGCAAGCCCUUGUCACGCGUGCAGAACAGCUUAUCAAGGAGGGUCAUCGCCACGCUCCAGAAAUCGACGCGAAGCGGCAAGAAACCGCCCAGCGCCGCCAAGCCCUGGAAACCGCUGCGCAGGAGCGUCGCGCCGUUCUCUUGGCCUCACACAAACUUCAGGAGUUUAACCGCGAAGCCAACGAAAUGAUGGCCUGGAUCUCCGAAAAAGGCAAAACGGCCGCCGACCCUUCGUACCAGGACUUGACCAACCUCCGUGGCAAGCUUAAGAAUCACGAGACCUUUGAGGCCGACGUCAUCGCCAAUGCCAACCGCCUUACGGCCGUGUGCGACCACGGUCAGCGGCUCGUUGCAGAAGGACAUUUCGCCAAGGAUGAAAUUGCCGCUCAGACCUCUGCACUCCAGGAUGCUUGGGAGAGCCUGCUGCUUCAGAGCAACACCAAGAGCGAUCGCUUGAAGCAGGCCCAGGCCUACCAGGAAUUUGCUCGACGUGUGGCCGAUUUUCUGGCGUGGUGCGCGGACAGCCUCGCUGGUGCCAAGUCUGAAGACGUGGGGAAAGACCUUACAGCGGUUCAAAAGCUCAUCAAGCGCCACCAACUGCUGGAAACCGAUGUGGCUGGACAGCAUAAACGCCUCGAGGAGCUGUUGUCCAAGGCCGACGCCAUGUUGGCCGUGCCCGAGCACUUGCAUGCUGCUGAAAUCUCUCAAGCACGCACACAGAUUCGCGAGCAGUACGACGGGCUGGCCCUGCCGGUGGAGCAGCGCCGCACCGCCCUUGACGCCUCCUUGGCCCUCCACCGCCUGCUUCGUGAUUGUGCCGACGAACUGUCGUGGAUUCGAGAAAAGGAGCCCUCGGUCACUACGACCAUGGUGGGAAACAGCCUAACCGCCGUGCAGAACUUGCAGAAGAAGCACACUGCCGUGCGCGCAGAAAUCGCAGGCCGUGAAAAGGCUCUGACUGCCGUUUUGCAGCAAGCCGACGACUUGGCCUCCCGACAACCCGGGGAUGCAGCGGCCAUUCGCAGCCGUCGUACCGAAUUGGUUUCAGCCUGGCAGGCCCUCAACGAACAGGCACAAGCCCGCAGUGAUGCUUUGGCCAACGCCGUUCUUGUCCAGCAGUAUCUGGUGGACGCCAACGAAGCCGAGGCGUGGAUUGCUGAAAAGCGGUCCGCGGCAGCCUCAGAAAACUAUGGCAAAGAUGAGGAUACAGCCUCCACCUUGCUCAAAAAGCACGAGGGUUUGACGGCGGAAAUUCGCACCUACCAAAAGACCAUCGACGCCUUGCGCGACGAUUGCCAGGCCUGUCAAACGGCGGCGGCGCAAGCAGCGGCCGGCACCGCGAAUGCAGACGUGCAAGUGCGUGCGUUAUUCGAUUUUUCCGCUCCCGAUGAUCGCAAGCUUUCCAUGACCAAGGGCGAACACUUUUACCUGGUCGGUAAGCACAACAGUGAAUGGCUGGAGGUGCGGAAUCGCUCGGGCCAGUCGGGGUUUGUUCCCGCCUCUUAUGUCACCGAAGUGGAGGCCGGGGCGCGCAGCGACGGUGCCCCUGGCCUUGAUGAUGUGGUGACCAAGCAAACGGCCGUUGAGCAACAGUACCAGGAUCUUCUGCAGGCUGCCGAGCAUCGCCACCACCGUCUGGAAGAGAGCCAGCAGUGGCUUCAAUUUGUACGCGAGGCCAUGGAUGUGGAGUCUUGGAUGAACUCUAAGGUGGCAAUCGUAUCCCAGACCGACGUGGGCACAGAUUUGGACCAUAACGAGGUUUUGCAGAAGAAAUUUGAUGACUUUCACAAGGAUCUCGUGGCCAAUGAGUCACGCGUGCUGACCGCAAACAGCCUGGCUGAGAAGUUGAUUGCCGCCCAGCAUUCAGACACACCGGCGAUUACCGAGAAGCGGGACGGCCUCAACGAGCGCUGGGAGCAGUUGCUGCAGGCGAGUGAGUUGCGCGGCGAGGCCUUGCGCAGUGCUCAUGCCGUGCACAAAUUUCAGCGUGACGCGGACGAGCUGUUGACGCGCUUUGCUGAGCGUGAGCUCAUCCUCUCCAGCGAGGCCACCGGCAAGGAUGUUGGCAGCGUCGAGGCGGCCCAGCGCAAGCAUGAGGCGGCCGUGCGCGACCUCAUGGCUCUCGAAGGUCGUGUGCAGGAAUUGGACCGUGAUGCCUCUGCCCUUCGCACAGCUCAGCCCGCCGUCGAUGCCGACGUCAGUGCCAAGCAGACCCAAAUUUUGGCUGGUUGGGAGAACCUUCUGGAGCAAAGCGCGGCGCGUACGGAUCGCCUGCAACGGGCUCUCGAGUAUCAAAAGUUUUUGGCCGAGUAUCGUGACGCCCAGUCCUGGUUGUCGGGUGUGCAGCCCCUUGCCGCCAGCAAGGAGCUGGCAAAAGAUGUCAACGGUGCGGCUACGCUACUUAAACGGCACGAGGACCUGCAGGCUGAGAUUGAUGCGCGCCAAACCUCUUUGGUGCGCCUGCGCGAGCAAGGACUAGAACUUGCGUCUCGCGACCCCACGGUCGAGGGCGAGCUGCGCACUAAGCUUACAGACCUGGACGAGCGCCUAGCAGCGUUGCAGCGAGGCAUGCAGACACGAGAACGUCUGCUGCAACAAUGCCAGGCAUUGCAGGCCUUUGUACGCUUGGCCGAUCAAGUCGAUGCAUGGAUGGCCGCACGGGAGGGACCUCUCGCCGAUGAGGACAUUGGCACGUCCUUGGAUGGCGUGGAAGCAAUGGUGCAAAAGCACCACGACUUUGAGCAGAGCCUGGCUGCGCAGGAGGAGAAAGUCAAGCAGGUUGAGCAAGAUGCGCAGCGUCUGAUCGAUGACCAGCAUUACGAUGCACCUCUCGUAGCUGACAAGCGCCGCCAUAUCCAGGAGCGUUGGCGAGCCUUAUGCACCUUGUCUGAGGACCGCAAACGCAAAUUGGACGACGCUCGUCAAAUUCAAGAGUAUCUCAAAGACGCCAACGAAAUGGAUGCCUGGAUUGCCGAGAAGGCAGUGCUGGCCAAUGACCCCUCUUACAAGGAUCCCAGCAACUUGGAGAGCAAGCUUCAAAAACACCAAAAAUUCGAGGCAGAGAUUGCGGCCAGCGAGCCACGCGUGCUCAAGGUGAUUGAGGACGGCCGUGACAUUGUACGCAACAAGCCUCAUGCUGCUGAAGCUGUGGGCCCACGCAUUCAAGCCAUGGAGGACCAAUGGCGCGAGCUCAAGGCCCGCUCCGCAGAAAAAGGCCAGGGUCUGCUUCAGGCAGGCUCUCAGCAGCAAUACAACCACAGCGUUGAGGAUGUUGAGCUCUGGUUGAGCGAGGUAGAGGUGCAGCUAUCUAGUUCCGACAACGGUCGCGACGUGCCCUCGGUCCAGAACUUGAUCAAAAAACACGAACUGCUACACGCUGACAUUGAGGCGCAGAACAAGCGCGUAAAGGACUUGCACACGCAGCUCGGUAUGUUCCGCCAGCAGCAGCACUUUGCUGCGGACCAGAUGGCGGAUAUGUAUGAUCGCGUGCAACAGCGCUACAACGAUGUGGCUGCUCGCUCUCGCACCCGUGGGGAGGACCUGGCCGUGGCCCUUCAGUACCAUGAGCUGCUUCGCACGAUCGAAGACGAACUGGCAUGGAUGAAGGAGAAGGAGCGCCAGACCAAGUCCACGGAUUUUGGGAAGGACUUGACGGGCGUGCAGAAUUUGCAGAAGAAACACAGCGCCUUUGAGACAGAGCUCGAGGGCCAUGCGGAUCGCAUCAAGGACGUGAGUCGCAGCGCGGGAGCCUUUGUUCAAACGCAUCGCACGCGGCCCGUGGCGGAACUCGAAGCGAAAAUUCGUGAGUUGGACGAUCAGUGGGAGGCACUGCAGCGGUCGAGCAGUGAGCGCCGCCAGCGCCUAGCUGAAGCUCUUGACUUUCAGCGCUAUCGCACUGCCGUGGACGAGGAGCUCUCCUGGGUCAAUGAGAAGCUCUCUUUGAUGGCCUCAGAAGAGUUGGCCAAUACUGUCUCUGGCGCAGAAGCCCUCAUGAAGAAGCAUCAUGCCUUCCAAUCAGACCUGGAGGAGCACCAUGGCACCGUACGCAGUCUUGUGGAGCAGGGCCGAGCCCUUUCCUUGCGCGACUCCAAUGAUUCCGCGAACAUUGCUGGCGUUUCUGAUUCGCUGAAUGCCCAGUUUACGGCCUUGCAACAGGCUGCGACGCAGCGAAGCGAAGGCCUGCUCCAUCAUCUCCACUAUCUGGAGUUUUGCCGCGAGGCCGACGGUAUCGAGGCUUGGAUUGAGGACAAGCGCCCCCAGGCGGCCUCCACCAACUACGGCUCGGACCUUGCCUCAAUCGAGUCCCUGAUCACCAAGCACGAGACCUUUGACGCGUCGGUGGAACAGUUCAAGCCUCGUAUUGAGCGGGUUCAAGAGUUGCUACAAAGCCUCGUUGGUGAACGCAACCGCAACGCUUCGAAAGCUACAGCACGCGAAGAGGUGGUAAUGCGGCAAUGGCGGUCCCUGCUGGAGGCUGCUGAGCAGCGGCGCACGGCAUUGCUGCAGGCACAACAAUUUCACCAAGAGAUCGACCAACUGUUUCUCGACUUUGCCCACCAGGCUUCCAAGUUUAACAGUUGGUUUGAAAACGCAGAGGAGGAUCUCACCGAUCCCGUUCGUGUCAAUUCACUCGAGGAAAUCCUUGGUCUUCGUGAGGCGCACACCAAAUUCAUGACCUCUCUCUCUUCGGCAGAGGACACGUUUCGUCAGUUGCAAGCCCUCGACCAGCGCAUAAAAAAUCGCACAACGGCGGCCAACCCCUACACUUGGUUCACCAUUGAGUCACUGCAGGAGUCGUGGCAGGCCCUGCGCGAGGUCAUCGAGGACCGCGAGCAGGACCUAAAGGACGAGCUGAAACGCCAGCAAGACAACGAUGAACUUCGCAAGGCCUUUGCCCAACGGGCCAAUGAUUUUGCGGCCUGGUUGCUGGCCACGCGCAAGUCUCUGGUUGAGGGCACCGGUACGCUCGAGGAGCAGCUGGAGCGCACCAAGCUUAAGCACCAGGAGGUCUUGGCGCGCAAAUCCAUGCUCAAGAAGAUUGAGGAGCUGGGGGCGCAGAUGGAGGAGAGCCUUAUCUUGGACAACCGUUACACGGAACACUCCACGGUGGGUUUGGCCCAACAACUGGACCAGCUGGAGCAAUUGGGCAUGCGCAUGCAGCAUAACCUGGAGCAACAAAUCCAGGCCCGUAACACCACGGGUGUCUCAGAGGAGCAACUGCAAGAGUUCAACGAGACCUUUCGUUACUUCGACAAGGACAGUUCGGGACAGCUGGAUCACCAGGAGUUGCGUUCCUGCUUGCGUACGCUGGGCUACAACCUGCCCGUCGUCGAGCAAGGCGAGGUCGAUCCCGAGUUUGAAAACAUCCUCAACCAGUUGGAUCCCAACCGCGAUGGUUACGUGUCCCACGCCGAGUUUGUAUCCUUCAUGAUUGCCCGCGAAACAGAGAAUGUUGAAUCGGCCAGCGAAGUGAUUAGUGCCUUCCGCGCCGCUGCUGGUGACAAGCCCUACGUGACGCUCGAUGACUUACGCAAGGUGCUGACAGAGGAUCAAGUUGAAUUUUGCGCUCGCCAUAUGCAACCGUAUCCCGGCGCCAACGGACCAGACGCAUUUGACUACUCCUCUUUCACCACGCGUAUCUUCGCCAGUUAG